AUGAAGCGCCUCGAGCCGUUCGUCUGCCUAAGGUGUUUGGUCACCAGGCGGCGCGUCAUUGGGGCGCACAAGACCAGUCCGAGUCUUCAGAGCAGGCCAUACUCGACCCGAAUACGGCUAGCUGAAGCGAGACCGAGCAAAGAACGAAACCACAACGAUGAACUACCACCUGAGGGAGAAGGAGAAGCAGAAGGAGAUGGUCAAGGUCAGCCGGAUACCACAGAUACAGAUACACGAAGCCUACUAGACCGAUUCCGACGACCACCCAAAAAGCCGCUCUCAGUAACAGACCUCGUUUCGCCCGCCUGGUGCGAACUGCAAUACUACUACGUUUUAACAAAACAUGGUCGCAAAAGAAGGACUCCCGCCAUGAAGCAAGGCACGGCCGUCCACCAAGCGCUGGAGGACGAAGUCCACGCCACAGUCGAGGUGACAGUGACCAAAAAGGAAGAUAGCUGGGGUCUGCGAAUAUGGAAUGUCAUACAGGGUCUAAGAACGCUGCGUGCCACGGGCAGAACUAGAGAGCUGGAGGUCUGGGGAUUUAUUGGUGGCGAGCUGGUCAAUGGGGUGAUUGACGAGUUGAGCUACGAAUGUCCCGACCCGAAACUGGAAAAGCAGAGUUUAAAGCAUUUGCUGUCGAGUUCGAAGCAGGACUCUGAGAGGUUUCUGCUGCCGGAAUAUCAGGCCAGUAUAAGGGAUUACCUUGUGACCAGCACCAGCACCAGCACCACCGACAUGAGGGCACAAGGGCAGACGUUGACUGAAGCACUUACAAACAACAAUGACAAAAACUCGAACUCUCAAUCCCAUACUAGUGACUCUGACUCUUCCACAACGACACGAAGAGAGGAUAAGGAUGGGCAAAAGAGAAUCUAUAUCACCGAUGUCAAAACUCGAGGGACGUCAACUCUUCCCACAGGAUCCAGCAUCCGCCCGACGAUCGUGCAGCUGCACUUGUAUCACCACAUACUUGAGAAUCUGGCCCUGGGCCAUUUUUCUCUUGACCACCUCGCAUCGCGGUACGAUUUGGAUGUGCGAGAGACUUUUUCUGAUUCCUUUAUUGCCCAGAUUGGCAAUCUCAACCAAGAAGAAGGGUUUGAAAACAUACCUCAUUCCGAUGACAUGGAUUGGACCUCGACUCAGGAUUCCAUGGACAUAUUACUACAACACAACAACCUCGCCAGUCUUUGGGAGUUUAUGCUGUCCCAAUUGAAACAAACGUUUCUGGUUUCUUCUCCCGACACUGCUUCUUCAACCCCUCAAUCGCUCUCCCAACUCUCAACUCCAGCCUCGUUUCCAACUCGUCUCUCACCACUAUUGACGGCGCGGUACGUCGAUUCCAAGACCGGAUCGAAGCUACUCGGCAGCAAAUCAAUCAUAUUCAACCCGUCGUUCCUGAAAUCGUAUCUCUAUGAUGUCCUGGCGUUCUGGAAGGGCGAACGCUCUCCAAAGGGUGUCGAGGUCCAUGAUGCUUGGAAAUGUCGGGUUUGUGAGUUCCGAGAUGGCUGUGAGUGGAUCCAUGAGAGGAAUGAGUUGAGGAUCAGGGAGGUUGAGGAAAGGAGGAAGAUGAGGGAAGCUGCUGGUGUCGAACAGACACACGGUGACGCCGACGCUGCUGCUGGGCAACAAGCUGCCGAUGGAGGAGGAUCAUCGAGAAGAAGUCGGGUCUAG